AUGUUUUAUUCUGAAUCAACUAAAAUAAAUAAUUCCGUUGAUGAUUCAAUAUAUUAUAGAUAUAUUGAUUCGAUCGAUGAAGACUAUAACUGUUUAAUUUGUUUUCAUCCAUGUGAAAAUCCAGUAAUCGAACCAAAUUGUCAACAAAUGUAUUGUAGAGAAUGUUUAAUUAAAAGCUUGGAAAAGUCAAAGAAUGUAUGUCCAUUUUGUAAUACUGAAACAAGUGUAUCAAGUUUAAUGUUGCCACCAAAAUUUAUUACCAACUUUUUAAAUGAAUUAAAAGUAGUAUGUACCAUCUGUUAUAAAGAAAACUCAAGUGUUUUAAAUAGAAAAGAUUUUCAAAACCAUUUACAGAACGAUUGCAGAGCCAAAUGCAAGGGUCCAUGUGGUCAAGAGAUACCCUAUAAGGAUUUAAAUUCCCAUAUUUGCCCAUUUGUAGAUCUAAGUUAUUUAACCAUUGGCAAUAAUAAAGUAUUAUCCAAGUCUGGUAAAUGGCUCAAUACAACACAAAUCAUAAAUUAUUUAAAACAAAUAUCAAAUCAAGAAUUUAAAGAAACAAAAAUUAAUGAAAUUAUUUUAAAAGCUUCUGAAACUAUGAAUUAUUAUAAUUAUAAAGAUAAAGAAGUUUAUUUAUUUAGAGGUAAUUAUGAUUUAGACGAAAUUCCAUCAAAUUAUUCAUCAAUUGGUUUUGUUGGAGGUGGUAAUAGAAGCAUGUUUUAUUUAGCAUCCCAUCUCGAUCCAUAUACCAAAGAGCUUUUUCUUUUAGAUGAUUUUGACCAGAGAGUAUAUCCAGAAGAAAUUCCAAAGCACAUAGAAACCCUACAUAUCUAUAAUGUUAAAUACCAAUUAGAACCAAGCUGUAUUCCAUCUACUGUUAAAAGUGUCCAUUUCCAUGAUGGUUAUAAAUUCCCAUUCGACCAAGGUGUAAUCCCAGAAGGUAUUGAAGAAGUUCAUAUUCACAAUGUUAUCCAUCCAAUAACAAAGUCAUCACUACCAUCUACAAUCAAAAAGAUUUCAUUUAAUAAUGGAUACUCUCAUGCAAUUAGACCAGGAACCCUAUCAAAAAAUAUUGAAUCUAUUCACAUUGGUGAUAUUAAAGAACCACUAAUUCCAGAAUCCAUUCCAUUUAAAUCAAAGACUCAAAGAAAAUUAUACAUUCAUGGUGGUUACAAGCAUUCUUUAAGACCAGGUGUUAUCCCAAAAGUAGAUUCUCUAUUCAUCUGUGACAUUAAAAAACCAAUUUCAAAUGAUUCUCUUCCAAAUAGUAUUCAACAUUUAUAUUUUUCCGAAGAUUUUUCACACUUUAUUCAUAGUAAUAUUUUAACUCAUCUUAAAAAUAUGAAAUCUUUGGUUAUUCCAAAUUUAGAUUACAUAAAUGUAACCGAUCUUUCAAAUUUAGAAUUAAAUGAAAAUUUGGUAUUAUACUUUAAUUCUAAUUCACUAAAACAACAAACAACCAAUUUUAAAACCAGUAUUAUUUUAAAACCAACUUUAAAAAAUCAUUUUUCUUCACAAUAA